UCCUGGGUGUGGUGCUUUUAACUGUUGUGUCAGCUCGGGUCUGUCUGUUGAAAAGACAAACCUGACUAUUAGAACUACAGCUGGGGUUCUGAAGAAAGACUCUAUAUCUGUUUGUUUUUUUUCAACUAAAAGAAGGUGCAGCGCGAUGUCUCAGCUGGAGCUUGUGCUCGGGUCUGUGAUCGAUCUCUUCAGGAUGUACGCAGAGCUGGAAGGAGACAGGACCAAGCUGAGCCGUGGAGAGCUGCAGAGGCUGCUGCAGACAGAGCUGACCGGCCCACUGGGGAAAGACGUGGGACCCAGUUUCGUGGACGAGCUCCUGCACAUGCUGGACACCAAUCAGGACGGGGAGGUGGACCUGAAGGAGUUUGGGGGCUUGAUCGGGAUCAUGGCGAUGGGGUACAGCGGCAAGGGGAAAGGGGGGCGCACACACACUCACUGAGACCCCCAGAAAGAGGGGUGAAAACCGGGGGGGGGGGGAUUGUGGCGAUGGGGCACAGCGGGAUAGAGAAAGAAGGGUGCAUCCUAAUACCCAGUACAACUGAGAAUCACACACCGCUGGACCUGCUCUGCACAGACUGGAGAUUUUGACUGGAAGUCAUCUGGUGAUCUGCCAGCACCUCAGCACAGAUGAAGCAGGACUGCGUCACGCAGGAGGGGUGAGAUACGAAGGGGACACUGAAAGCACACAGCUGCUGUGCAGCACCUCCUGCCUGCAGAAGCUACUCGAUUGCUUUUAAUUGAGAAUUUUGCAGGCGCUUUAAACUUCCUGUUGAAAUUCUGCAUCGUUUCCCCCUCAAGGUUUUGCUUUUCGAUGUGUCAAGAUGUGUGAAAAAUAAAGACUUUGUUCAUGA